AUGGCCUUCGGAACAAUCUACUCCUACCCCAACAACCCCCGGGUCAUCAAGACCCACGCCGCCGCGAACCUCAACGGUCUGGAGGUAACAGAAGCCCCCUUCCAAAUGGGCGUCACAAAUCGCACACCUGAAUUCCUCACCAAAUUCCCUCUCGGCAAAAUCCCCGCCUUCGAGUCUGCCGACUCCUCCGUCCGCAUCUUCGAAUCAGAUGCUAUCACCCAGUAUGUCGCUGAAUCGGGACCCGCAGCAUCCCAGCUAUUGGGCAGUACACCCGCCGAGAAAGCGCAGAUUAGGCAGUGGAUUGUCUUCGCGGAGGGCGAGGUCAUGGGAGCUGUCACUAGGUCUGCGCUUUGGAGGGUUGGACUUAAGGCGUACGAUGAGGCGACGGAGACUGCUGCGUUGGCGAGCUUGGAUCGGGCGGUGAAAACGCUGGAGACGCAUUUGCAGGGAAGGACGUGGUUGGCUUCUGAGGAGAAGUUGAGUUUGGCGGAUAUCUCGGUGGCGUCGGCACUUGUUUGGGCGUUUUCGAUGAUCUUGGAUGCUGAGUUGAGGCCGCAGUAUCCUACUGUGCUUGCUUGGUAUGAUCGGGUUCUCGAGACCGAGGGAGUUAAACAGGCUUUUGGAGAGAAGAAGUUUAUUGAGAAGCGUAAGGCUCCUCCGUCGUAG